GCCGCCUUGGGCCGUGUACCGAGCGUGUUUUUGUUUGGAAUUUCCGUGACGUGGCCUACUAAGGUCUUCAGGGCUAGCAAUGCCCAACCGGACGAACGUUGACUGGUCCAGGUACGGACUCGGCGGCGAUGAUUCAUCACCGACGGAACGGAACCGCACGAGUCGAGCCAGCGGCGGUGGCGGCAGUGGCGGAUUCGUCGAUCUGGGCAACGAGUACGAUUACGGUGCCGGUGGGCACCAUGCGUCGGGGCGGGAUGAGAUCUUCGCCGAAGAUCAGGGCGACAAGCCGUGGUGGCGGAGCAACUUUUUCAUAUCGCAACCCGUACUGUUCGGCACCUGGGAUGGCGUAUUCACGUCCUGUCUGAUCAACAUCUUCGGCGUAAUCGUGUUUCUCCGCUCCGGAUGGAUAGUGGCCGAGGCCGGCAUUAUGCACGCAAUUCUGAUCAUCUUCUGUGCCGUCGGUAUUGCGCUUGUGUCGGUACUGUCAGCGGUCGGCAUUUGCGAGCGGUGCCGGGUGGAGAGUGGCGGCGUAUAUUUUCUGAUCGCUCACACGCUUGGCUCGCGGUUCGGUGGAUCGCUAGGCUUGCUGUACUGCUUCGGACAGGCCGUCGGAUGUGCGUUGAAUGUGCUCGGUUUCGGUGAAUCGAUUGCGGGCCUUGUCGGGCUGGAAGGGAACCAGUGGGCCGUCCGGGGUUUCGCGAUAGCGGCCGUCCUCCUGCUCGGUGUGAUCAACGUGGCGGGCGUAAAGUGGGUCGUGAAGCUGCAAUUCGCUCUGCUGAUUGUGAUUCUGAUGUCGGCGCUGGACUUUAUGGUGGGCAGCUUCGUGGGAGAAGCGCCCGAGCACGGGUUCGACGGGUGGGGGUCUGGCAACAUGGCCCUCAAUCUGUGGUCCUCGUAUACGACCGGUACUUCGUGGUUCACCGUGUUCGGAGUAUUCUUUCCGACCAUUACGGGCAUAUUGUCCGGCAUUAACAUGAGUGGCGACUUGCGUGCUCCGUCCACGGACAUCCCUAACGGUACGCUGGCCGCCCUUAGCACGUCCACCUUUCUGUACAUGGUGUUCAUUCUGUUCCUUGGCGCCACCUGCCAGAGAAGUCACCUGUUAACGGACUAUCAGAUCGCGGUCAAGGUGUCAGCCGUGGAGUUUCUGUUGCUUGCCGGUAUCUACGUUUCGAGUAUGUCGUCGUGCCUCGGCGCAAUGUACGGUACGCCACGUGUGCUCCAGAGUAUAGCGAACGAGAACGUAAUCCCAGGGAUCGGCAAACUGGGUAAAGGGCGCGGUCCGAAUAAGGUGCCGCUGUAUGCGAUGGCCGUUGUAGCCGGUGUCACGACAACGUUCAUCAUCAUCGGCGACAUCAAUACGCUCGCUCCGAUCGUGACCAUGCCGUUUCUGCUGACGUACGCCUGUAUCGACUAUUCGUACUUUGCGUUAGCGCAAACGUUCGACAUUCAGAGCAACCGUGAAGAGCGGUUCCGUAUACAGGCGCAGAGUCCGCUGUAUGAGACGAGGAAUUACGGUGCGACCGGGAACAAUGACUACCACGAGUCAAACGAUCUCGAUCAGUUGUUCCCUGAGCGGACACGCCAUAAGAACCUUGGGACACCAACCAACUCACCACAACAUGUGCCUUCCGCGGGUGAUCGUGAAACGGCUUCCCGAUCGCAACCAAUCGCGACCAUCACCAAUGCCACGACGAACCACAACAACGCUACUAACAUCACCGGUAACGGUAUACCUCACAGCAGCUCGCUGACCAGUGGUGACUCGGAAGUAAUCUUCCGCGACGGUUCGACGACCAACGCCAAUUCACUUAGCGAUGCGGACGAUGAACCAAUCGCUCCGAUCCGGCCACCGAUUCACUCCAAGACGAAAAAUUGGUACUCAGGUUUCUGUAACCGCUGGGCCUCGCUGUUGGGGGCCUGCAUCAAAGUACUGGUAAUGCUGCUGGUUAACUGGGUUUACGCUCUUGUUUGCAUCGGAACCGUGUUCGUCGUUUGGUUCUACGUCGGCACCGCCAAUCCUGCCGUAAAGCCGGGCCUGGCACACGAGUUUCGGUUUUUCGUGUGGAUCAAGAACGUUGUUUUCCGGUGCUUUGGCAAACGAGUGAACGAUUACGAGCAGGUCGUAGUCACGCAGUCUUGCCCGAACGUAAACCUUGCUUCGGCUCAGCUGAACGAAGAGAACGAUGAUUUUGCCUCACGGCGGCGCUAUCACCAGACGGCGAUCGUGCAAGGGCGUUACGUGGACGAAGUGUGAAGUGAAGCCGCCCGUUCCUUGUUACUAAGAACAUAACUACAGCACAACUAGCCAGCGAAAGCGAGCAUUCCGCGGGGAUGCUGUAACCGUUUGUCGAUGCGCCAAAAGUGAAAGUCUGACUACUAGCGGAAUGUGGGCGGGUGGAUGAGUGGAACAACAUUAAGAACGGGAGUCCGAAAGCUAUAUCAAAAAUACAGCUCAUCAUGUGAGCAAAAGUAUUAAAAAGCCGUGAAACAGGCGGUGUUUGUAGGUAGGUAACGACUUUUUUCGCUCGCCCGUCAAUCUACUACUCGGGAACCAAGCAAUAUCGCGAGCAGCACACAUCAAAUGAACAAAAAGUAGUUACAAAAGGUAAUGUAAGCUAGGGAAAUAUUGGAAAAUUUUCUGAAUUUGUAGCACACACAAAAAGUUAGCCUAGGAUUGUAAUGAAAUAUGUACAUACGAACGUAGCGUAGAUCUGCGCCGGUGAAGCUGGCUGCAUGUAAAGUGAUUGUGCGGUAAGAGCUAUUGUAUUCCAUAUAAAUUUAUUUAUUGUAACUCGCUAACAACAGGGCACAUUUGGCAGCUGAUAAUCCUCUACAUUCUGAUUAAGUUCAAAGCGAACACAACUUUGCCCCAAGUGAUACUUAUCGUGCUGAAAUGUGAGGUUAACUACCAGUGGCAGAUUACCAAUGAGCGAGAGAGAGAGUACAUUUAUGUCGGUUUCCUAUUGUGUUUGUUUCCUUUUGACACCACAAGGGCAACUCAUUACCCUCUUACAGCUGUUCAGAAAUGAUCCGCGAUCACGUCUGCUUUCUCCAGUAACUUAGAUAAGGAAAGAAAAUGUAUGUGCAAAUUUUUUUGUUCGGGAAAACACUAACAUAGAGCGAAAGAACAAUAAGCGGAUGAACCGUGAUUCCUUUUUUUUACUCUUACGACGAUAAAGUAAACAGUGCACGUCGA